AUGGAUGCUGAGCCUGUACCGAAAAUACUGAAAGAGGAAACGAUUAAAGCUAUUACAACACAAAAAACAAAUAAAACACCUGGAUCUGAUCAAAUUACUAAUGAGUUACUUAAAUCCACUGCACCAGUUAUUGCUCCAAUACUAACAGACUUAUUUAACGAAAUCCUGGAGACCGAAACAAUACCAGAGGACUGGACAAAAUCGACGAUAGUAUUACUACAUAAAAAAGGUAGCAAAGAAGAAAUCGACGAUCUGAUACUGUUCUCCGAGUGUCCAAGAAAGCUACAACUCAUGAUACAACAGUUAUCAGAUCAGAGCGCGAAGGCGGGGCUGUCAAUGAAUAUCAGCAAGACGAAAGCCAUGACUAACUCCUCAAAAACACAUGAAAUCAUAGUAAAUAUGCAGAAAAUAGAAUAUGUUAACGAGUACAUCUACUUAGGACAACUAAUAUCGCCCAACAAAACUAUGGAUAAAGAAAUAGAUAGGAGGAUUGCCAACACUUGGAAGAGAUACUGGUCGCUUAGCGAAGUUAUGAAGGACAGAGACAUGCCUAUGAAAGCUAAAAGAAAAGUUUACAACACCUGUAUCCUGCCCUGCUUAACAUAUGGCACCUUCUGUAUAUAG